GAGCUGUUUAAAGAGGUGUGAGAGGGCAGUGUCUGUGGGCCGGUUAUAAAGUCAGGCAGACGGACAGUUAAUUUAUAAGACGUUUUGCUUCGUAAACGCUUCAUCGGGUUACAGUGACUGAAAUGGAUUGGGUUUAUGUGCUGAUACUGGCUAGUCUUCUUUCACUCGGCUCUUAUGGUCAGUUGGAUGUGUGCGGCACCACGUUCUUCAACUCCAGGAUAGUCGGAGGUCAUGAUGCUCCAGCAGGAAAUUGGCCUUGGCAGGCGAGUCUGCAUUUCUUUGGAAGACAUGUUUGUGGAGGUUCCCUCAUCAAUAAAGAAUGGGUGCUGUCUGCUGCUCACUGCUUUUUCUUCACGAGUUCCAGCACGUCCAGCUGGACCGUGUAUCUGGGCCGGCAGAAUCAGGAAGGCGACAACCCAAACGAAGUUUCCAGAGGAGUCUCUACGAUAAUCCUGCACCCUGAUUAUGACAGUAACUCUAACGAUAACGACGUCGCUCUACUCAAACUGGGCACUCCGGUCAGUUUUACCAGCUACAUCAGGCCGGCAUGCCUGGCAGCUAAUAACAGUGUUUUUCACAGUGGAACAGACAGCUGGGUCACUGGAUGGGGGGACGUUAAUGAGGGAGUGUCUCUUCCACUGCCUCAGACUCUACAGGAAGUCAAGGUUCCAGUGAUAGGAAACAGACAGUGUAGGUGCCUGUAUAGUGUUGAAGAAAUCACAAACAACAUGAUCUGUGCUGGUCUACUAGAAGGAGGCAAGGACUCAUGCCAGGGGGAUUCAGGAGGUCCGAUGGUGAGCAAGCAGAACUCGGUGUGGGUUCAGGCGGGCGUGGUCAGUUUCGGGACUGGUUGCGCUCAGCCUGAGCUUCCCGGAGUUUACGCCAGAGUGUCUCGCUAUCAAACCUGGAUCAGCUCUCACAUCAGCAGUGACCCUCCAGGCUUCGUCCAGUUCCUCUCCAGUGGAGCUGAUCCUGACAGCACCUACACCUGCCCUGCCCUGCCACUGUCAGUGACCACCGGACCUGAAAACUCCAGUAAAACGAACUCCUCUUCCAGUUCCUCUGCUGAAGUGUGCGGCACCACGUUCUUCAGCUCCAGGAUAGUCGGAGGUCAUGAUGCUACAGCUGGAAGUUGGCCUUGGCAGGCGAGUCUGCAUCUCUUUGAAGCACAUGCUUGUGGAGGUUCCCUCAUCAAUAAAGACUGGGUGCUGUCUGCUGCUCACUGCUUCGAGGGCUCCAGCACGUUUGAGUGGACUGUGUAUCUGGGUCGACAGAGCCAAGAGGGCAGCAACCCCAAUGAAGUGUCCAGAAACGUCUCAGUGAUAGUUUUGCACCCCAAUUACAACAGUGAUGUAAAAGAGAACGACGUGGCUCUCGUCAAGCUGGACGCUCCAGUUUCCUUCACUGACUAUGUCAGGCCUGUGUGUCUGGCAGCAGAAGAUAGUGUUUUCAACACAGGCACGGCCAGCUGGGUCACAGGCUGGGGGGACGUCAGCCAAGGCGUGCCCCUUCCGUCUCCUCAAACCCUGCAGGAAGUUGAUAUCCCAGUAAUAGGAAACAGGCAGUGUAACUGCCUCUACACUGGAGCAAUCACAAACAACAUGAUCUGUGCUGGCCUACUAGAAGGGGGCAAAGACUCCUGCCAGGGGGAUUCAGGAGGUCCGAUGGUGAGCAAGCAGAACUCGGUGUGGGUUCAGGCGGGCGUGGUCAGUUUUGGGUUUGGUUGCGCUCAGCCUGAGCUUCCCGGAGUUUACGCCAGAGUGUCUCGCUAUCAAACCUGGAUCAGCUCUCACAUCAGCAGUGACCCUCCAGGCUUCGUCCAGUUCCUCUCCAGUGGAGCUGAUCCUGACAGCACCUACACCUGCCCCACCACCGCUUCAUUAACAACCUCCAGAGCACCACAGCGGCACGUGUGUGGUGAAGCCCCACUCAACUCUCGCAGCAGAGGAAACACCUCCACCAUAGAUGGGACCUGGCCCUGGAUGGUCAGCCUACAGUGGGAUGGACAGCACAUGUGUUCGGGCACUCUAAUAAGCGCAGAGUUUGUCAUGACGACUGCGCUGUGCUUAUCAGAUUCUCCCCAGAAUGCCAGCAGCUGGACAGUGUCUCUGGGCUAUCGGUCUGACAGAAACGGCUCAGACACUUUCCUGCACUCUGUGGCUGUGGUGGCCAUCACCCUCAGCAACCUGACCCAUGUGCCCAACAUUGCGGUGCUGCAGCUGGAGGAGCCGGUGGAGUUGAGUGACCUCAUCCAGCCUGUAUGUGUGGACCCGGACAACCAGAGGAGCUUUCCUCCGGGCUUAACCUGCUGGGUCACUGGCUACAGGGAUGGCAAUGCUACUGGUCUUGAGUUGGAAGAGCAGCAGACGACUCUGGUAGACUGUGGUGGAAACCAGUCGUCCUCUGAGCACAUCUGCACUGAAGCACUGUCUACAGAAGAGGGAGAUUUAGGAAGCGUGUUAACGUGUAAGUCCGGUCUGUCCUGGCAGCAGGUCGGCGUGAUCAUGUCUGUUUCGGAAGGGAAUUCCGUUCGAGAGUCCGGAAUGCAGGUCUUCUCCAGGGUCUCUGAGUUUGGAGACUUCCUCCAGAGAACUGUAACUGAUCUUCAUCUCUACAUGCCAAAGUCUACCUCAGCACCCUCUAUUCAAGAGACCACCAGAUCACAAAGUGCAGCAUCAUCUUCCUCAUCUCUGUUCCUGCUCUCUGUACUACUUGUGUUCUGCUUCUUCAUAUGAAGAGAACAUGGCAGCGGUCACUGUCUUUGUGUUUGACUGUUUGACUGAUGCACGAAAGAGACCAUAGAUAUUAAUUUAGAAUUGUAACAGUACUCGUAUAUGCAAGUUAGUACUUUUUUAUUUUUAUACUAUAUCACUUUCACAAUCUCUGCAUAAUUUAUCGUUUAGGUGUAAACAGAGUGGUUCAGAGUGGUUUGGUGUGAAACGCUCUGUUCUAGAGAAACUUACUGAGUCAGAAUUGUUCACAGUGGUGGUGAUAGGAACCAGACGUCCACCUCUAAAAGCUCCCUCACCUUAUGGUUAUGAAUACGCUGCCUGGUGUCUGGUGUGAGAAACGGUUUCCUUUGUCCUUUUCUCUGGUCCCACCUUAACCUCCCUCUAUCUGGAUGUUCUCUGUCGGAGCUCCGGGAGUGCGCUAGAACAAGAGACACACUCAUCGAUGUUCAGAGACACACUCAUUUAUUUUCAGGAGAGAAGGGCAUCUUUAUACACUCAGAAGCAGACAUAGCUGGUGGUUGGCCACUACAGAGAUAAACAAGAUUUCUGAGAGCAAAAUGCAGAGUAGCUGUCAUGUGGGAAAACAGGAGACUGAGAAAGACGUGGCUGCCAAAACAAAUGCACUUGCAGGUCAGGACGCUCUGCUCUGACAUACAGACAUAAGGUGAUUAAUGAACUUGGUGUGCUUGUAGAAAAGCUUUGUACAGGAAAGAUUCUCUUUGCAGUUCUCUCCUUGCAGGCAUCAGCUCCUCAUUACUUCACAAACUUCAGACAGGUCAAAACUCUGCUGCUCAUCUCCUCACUUACCUCCGGUCACAUCACCAUCUUAUACCUGUUCUCCAAAACCUCCGUUGGCUUCCCAUAAACUACAGUAUUCAGUUUAAGAUCCUUCUCACUUACAAAGCUCUGAACAAUCUUGCUCCUUCCUAUCUGACCUUCUCCAAUCCUACAAGACGAAUUUCCUUUCAUCUGGGACAGUUUCAUGAUAGUUUUGUGAAGGUUUUGGCCUAAAACUUAUCAAAUUUUCCCAUCAUCAACAUUCCAUAUAAGCUCAGAAGACUCCUGUAGGUUCACUGGUGGUUCUGGAUAGUAAAUAAAAUGACUAUAUUAGUGUUGUAGUCAUGGCGACCCCUGGUUCCUAUCACCACCACUGUAAAGAAAUUUGUCAAAUCAGUGGAAUGAUGGCUGAAUAGGCUGGUCAUCACAAAACGAUACAUUCAAAAUGGGCUGCUAGGUCUCCAUAUGUAGACUGAGGAGUGAACAGUGUGUUUUGAAACUUUAACAAUGUUUACAAACGACAUCAAAAUCUUAUCUUAAAAAAAAAGUAGAAACUCAGAUAUGGAACCUUUAACCCUUUACAGGCCCUGAAGCACUGUAAGGGUGUUUUUUCACUGCACAAACAACUGGAACCUUUGGCAACAGGAAACAGGAACUGUGCUGUUUCUUUUGGCCUUCAGUUCAGUACUUUAGAUUGUCACACAAUGACCUAAUGGUAACUGAGGGUGCUGUCCUCUGUUUUUGACAACACUUAGAGCUGAGCCAACUACAAUACAGUGACAUCUUUACUCUUCCAUGUGAAGAUAAAGUCACUAUUACACACUAUUACUUUACAUACUAUAACACUAUUACAUCACCAAUAAGAGCAUCAAACUGUAAACUAGAAUGGUAUGUUUAUGUGUCGAUUGCUGUUUUUUUAUAAGUGUUUCUUUGUGAAGAGUUUGCUAUGGUAAGCUAGUUACGAACAGGCUGAUGGCUGAAUACUGAGUGCACUGUCUGAAAUGUAUUCAGUAGUGUUCUCCAUUGCAAUACAUAAAGCCACAUAUUCAGAACACAUUUAGAGUACAUAUUGAGUCUAUGUGAAAAACCUUAUUUGAAAUCUUUAUUUAUUUAUUUUAUGCUGUUCCUUGUUCUUACUGGUUAGUGGUUGUGUUCAUGUAAUUCUUCUGAGAUUGUUCCAUGAAUUCAAAAAUGAAUACAAAAUUAUCAAUGAUA